UGCGAGCGCGAGCGUUCAGUCUCGACGACGCCGCUGUGCAUCCCCAGACACGUGCCAAACCUCUGAUGAUUAGGCAGAGGCGCUGAGGAGAAAUGGAAAACUCCGUGCCUUCCUUUUCCUCCUGUGAAACCCAAUCCCCGCUAGCGAGUCCUCUUGGCUUCAGCCUUCUCGCUCCGCUCGCUGCACCCAGCUGUUGCGCCAUCGGUUGUCUGUCAGUGCUCGGUACAGAGAGCCGCUCCACGUCUCUCUCGGCCUUCUCUUUCCGCCUUUAACUGUAUCCGUCCGACCGGAUAGCGAGGCCGGGCGAGAGCGCGCGCAAGCCAGCCAGCCAGCUACCUACAAGAUGAGCUCGGCAUCGCCAUUCCCACCCCCCUCGCCGCCGCCGCCGUCGUCGAGCGCUAGCGUCCCGAUGGUGAUGAUCACCGUGGUGGGCAUACUCGCGGCGUUCGCGCUGCUGGCGGGCUACUACGCGUUCGUCACCAGGUGCCAGCCGCUCCGCGCGCUGCUCUCGCGCGGCGGCCCGGCGUCGGUGACCCCCGGCACUUCCCCGCCCGCGGUGGCCGAGGAGAAGCGAGGCCUCGGGCUGCCGCUCAUCCGCAUGCUCCCGGUCGUCAGGUUCACGGCGGCGGAGGACGCGAUGGCGCCGAGGAUAUCCGUGUCGGAGUGCGCCGUCUGCCUGAGCGAGUUCGCGGAGCGGGAGCGCGUGCGCCUGCUGCCCGGCUGCUCCCACGCCUUCCACAUCGACUGCAUCGACACCUGGCUGCAGGGCAGCGCCCGGUGCCCCUUCUGCCGGAGGGACGUCACCCUGCCGGCCCCGCACCCGCAAUACCAUCGGCGGCCGCCGUCCUUUCGCCGUCGGGACGAGCAGCUCCCGACCAGCGGCAACGACGACGACGGCGGCGCCAGCAUCGUGAUCGAGGUGAGAGGGCAGCGCGAGACCUGGUCCGACGGCAGGAGGGGCCGGAAGAAGAAGGCGGAGAGCGUGGGCGACGAGGCGGUGGACACGAGGAAGAAUGGGGAGUUCGCGGCGGUGCAGCCGAUGCGGCGGUCGCUCUCCAUGGACUCGUGCGACGCCAAGCAGCGGCAGCUCUACGUGUCCGUCGUCCGGGAGUUCCUCGAGCAGAGAUAGGCGAGUGCCACAGUAUGACAGUAGUACAUUCAUACCAUUCUUUCUUCGAUUCGAUCGAUCGAUUGUACAUUGGCCUUCGUACGUUGCUGUAGCGGUGGUAGGCCUACGUACAUACGUACGUGUAAAUCCGCUCCUCGACCGCGUCUAGAUGCAUGGCAUGGCAUGGCAUGGCGGUCGACUCUAAUUUUUUGUAGGCAGUCCAUAUGUACGCUGGCAAUUAAGCAAGUAGUAGUAAGUUGUAGUAGAAGCAGCACCGGAGCAUUUUUCGCAACCGAGUGCAGACUUUUCGUGGGAGCUCGGUAUUUUGAACAAAAGGCAUAUUUAAAAGUUUCGAAAAAAUACGAUUUUUUUUCAUGGUUA